AUGGGAGGAACCUUUUCAUCAUCGGUUGAAAAUACUAUUGGCCAAAAUGAUUUUCUAAAUGAUUUGUGUGGAGCAGAGCCUAUUAGAAAUCAUGAUGAAUUUUGGAGUAAAUUUGCGUAUCAGUCUCUCUUAUCCAUUUCUCAAACUAUUAUUUCUCAAUCAACGUUUUCCAAUCAACAACAACCACAACAAAACAAUGGUACAUUAUCCGAUGGUGGUGAGAAAUCAUCCACCAGUAGUGGAAUUGGGCUUGUAGCUCGAGCUGUUUCUUCUUCAUCUGUACUCAAUAUCGGAGAUUACUUUCCAUUGUCUUUACUUCAUCCUGAUAUUUUGGAUAAACACUUGUUUAAAUAUGCAUCACUUUUACAUGGAAAUAAUUUACAGACAGGAUCAUUGAGUGCCUUCAUGUUACAAUUAUCACAGUGGUUAAUUUUGAGAAUGGAAGAGGGAAAGUCGGAUGAGUCAAACACUGAAGAGGAUUUAUCCACAGUGAAUAGAGAGGCAAUUCUUGUCACUUGCAAUGCCUUUGUAAUCUUUAGAUAUCUCAUUCAUAGAAUUAUAAUGGAUUGUGAAAAUAAUGCAGAGUAUUUAAAAACACACUUGUAUAAUUUACCACCAGGUUUCAAAUUGUCUGCCAAUCUCAUUGAAAAUUAUUGUUAUAUUGAUGAGGAAAGAGAUCCAGAAUUUGAAAUGGAAGGAAAGAAUAGAAUUCACUCACCUCUAGUGGUGAGAAUAUUCAUAGAGACUAUUUUAUUGUUUUUGAGUGAGAAUCGAGUGACAAUUCAUAAUUAUUUACUGCAUUUGGAGGUUAUGAACUGUCUUUUAAUAUUAUUUAGUACCUCUCUCUAUGGAGGCGUCAUUAAUGAGGAUCAGGAAGAGGAAGAAGUACAUGAUACCAUUGGUAAAAUUCAAGAAUCAAGCAGAGAGCAUAAUAUCUUCCUGCAGGAGGCAAUUUCCAUUAUGAGAAUUAGAAAACAGUUCAAAUCAAGUUGUAAAUCAUUUGAUCCAAAUAGAUUGAUACAUGCCCUCUUGCAAAACCAUAUAACAUAUAGAAUUACAAAGAAGGAGGCAUCACCAUUCCAAGUUUCAAUUAGAACUACACUCCAAAAAAUCUUUUCCAAAUUGGGAGAGACUGCUUCCUCAAUCCUCUUCUUGCCCUAUAAUGCCUAUAGAAAUAUCUUUUAUAAGGAAACAAAGGAAAUUGAAUAUAGCGAGAAACUCAGUGAAAUGCUUCCUGAACUCCUUGGUAGGAGAAGUAUAAUGAAUCUUCUGUUAUUGAUAUUUUAUGGGAAGAAUGAUCACCGAGUACUUAAUCCAUACCUUUCACACUUUACAAAUCUAACCAACUUGGAUGAUGUGAUCAUUUCUCAAUUUAAUUCGUGGAGCUUUAACGACUAUUCAGAAUAUAAAGUCAAGUCAGACGAUAAGAGCAACAAUGGAAUAUCAUUUGAAAAGAUAUUCAACUCUAUUGUGAGAGAUUUUGAAGAGGAGGAAUGCACACUCCUCACCUAUAGUUUGUUACACGACAACAAAUCAUUCAGAGAGUUUGUUCUUUCAAAAUCAGACUCAGAGACAAUCUUGUUACCACUCCUCCACAAGAUUUACCAUUCAAAGAAUGACAAGCCAAAUCACAUUUAUACUCUUCUGGUAGUACUCACACUUCUCACUCAAGACACAUCAUUCAUGAUCAAUAUCCACAAGCAAGUCAUCAGUUCCGUACCGUGGUUUACUGAGAGAAUUCUAGAUGAAAUUCAUCUUGGAAGUUUGAUUGUUGCUGUACUCAUCUCUGUUGUUCACUAUAAUAUUUCACACAAAAAGGAUAUGUUUUUGAAUAGGUCUUGCCUUGCAAUAAUUUCCAACUCUGGUCCAUACUUUUCUAACAUGCACACGUAUACAGCUCAAAGAUUGGUCACACUUACAAGAUUGUUGACCAUUAAAUUUGAAAAGAUACGAAUGUUGCCAUCAUCCACUGAAGAGGACAAGGAAACCCAUUUUUCCUUACUCAAGUUUGCUCUAGAAACUAUAAAUUGUAUUUUGGUGAAUAACAAGGAGGGUGGAUUGAGGAAAAAUUUGAGACUAAUUUAUGAAUUAUUAUAUCAGAGACGUGUGGUCAAGAGACUUGAGGAAUUGUCAUUAUUCCCUGAUUAUGUACAUAAUUUAAAGACAAUAGUAGAAUAUUUUGAUGUGCAAAUUUCCAAUAUCAUUAAUAUUGAAGGAAAACAAAUGAUUAAUGACAAGGUUGGACAAUCUCACAUGUCACCAUCAAGAGAGAUUUCCAAUGAUGUAUUUGAUGAAUAUGUGGAUAAUGCACAACAAUCCAAAAUGUGGAGUUCAGAGAGCUACUUAGAGUGCAUUCAUAAAGCAUCUCAGUUUUGGUCGACUAGUAGAGCUGAGCAACACUUGAAAGUUAUUCAAUUUUUGCCUUCACACUUCUCUGAAGAUGGAGAUACUGAACCUUUCUUUGUUUCAUAUUUGUGGAGUAUUAUAGCAAGAAAUUGUUUGAGUUUGGCUAUUGAUUUACCUUUCGAUGAUGACGAGCAAACAAAUAAUGAAAUAGAAGUAGUUACUGAAUAA